UGACUUUCAAUGAACGCCAAGCAACCUCUUUUAUCCAAUCUCUAGGCUCUAAUGGCCCUGUACAUGCGCAUUUCCACAAGUCCUGAGCAAGAAACGCAACCACCUCACCCGCUCGGCUUCUGAGUAAGAAGCCUAACCGCUUCUGCACGUGCACGGCUCCCGAGCGAGCAGCCUAACCGCUUCUGCACGUGCACGGCUCCCGAGCGAGAAGCCUAACCGAUUCUGCACGUGCACGGCUCCCGAGCGAGAAGCCUAACCGCUUCUGCACGUGCACGGCUCCCGAGCGAGAAGCCUAACCGCUUCUGCACGUGCACGGCUCCCGAGCGAGAAGCCUAACCGCUUCUGCACGUGCACGGCUCCCGAGCGAGAAGCCUAACUGCUUCUGCAUGUGCACGGCUCCCGAGCAAGGAACCUAACCUUCUCUGCAAGUGCAUGUCUCUGUAGGUUCUGCGCAUGCUCACCAGGUCUUCCUAGUAUGCUGGCCCAUGGGUUUGUGCUAGCCUGGGGAUGGCCAGGUAGUUAAUCAUCAUACAGGUUUUGUUUUCAGAUUUGGAGAUGUUGGGGUGAAGAUGUGGGCAUUAUGGAAAAGGGUCUUCAGGACUCAUCUGCUCAGGACUUGGCACCUAGGAAGCUAGUGAAGCAGCUAAGGACCAGGGCCAUGGAUGCAAGCGAGGAGGCCACGGGAACCCCAGCUGGCCCCACAGUACCCCAGGGGCUGCUGGAGGAAAUGAUUUGGUUUUUCCGUGUAGAAGAUGCGGCUGCUUGGAAUUACUCCAUCCUUGCGCUGACAGCCGUGGUGGUCACCUUCAGCUUGUUCCUCCUGGUCAGGAAUGUCCAGGCCAACAGAAACCGAAAGCUGCAGCCACAAGAAAAAGAAACGCCUGCGCUCUUGCAUCUAAAGGAGGCCAGAACCAGUGGCAACAACAACAGCCUGAACAACCUAGGAGAGAUACUGCUCACAGAAAAGCCAGCCCUGGUCCCGCUGUGGACUGAAUUAAAGGAGCAAGAAACCGAGAGCUAGAGCAGGCACGGCCCACACCACACUGCCGGAGACAGGGCUCCCCACAGCCAGACGUCGGGGCUUCCUCCCCCAGCAGCCUGCUUUUAUCAGCAGAUACAAUGAACUGCAGUCAAACAGUGCUCCUGAUAGUUAAAAAAAUCUUUUAUUAAAAAUGCUUCUGGUAGUGGGCA